CUUUCUCUAUCUCUCUUUCUCCCUCCCUCUCUGUGUCUUCUUCCUCACCACACACACAUACACAGACCGAUCAGCGUUCUCUCUGCUUCCUGCUUGGUUUGUUCAUGGGAUUUUCAUGCGAGGAUGUUUUAGAGGAGGAACAGAAUGAAAUUCACUUGACAGAUGAGACGAUAGCGACCCAACAGAGGAGUCUGGCUCUCAUGGAAGUGCAUCGCCAUCAUCAUCAACACCCACAACAACAACAACAAGCGGCUGAAAACGAAGCCGAUUUCUGGCCAGUAGAACACCCUCUGGAGCCAAGAGAUGAAGACCGUCCUGUGAAAUGCCCAAUGCCUCAAUCUUCUGUCAUCAACGAUGGAGGGAUGCAUGAAAAAAGGUUUGCAGAAAGCAUAAGGAAGAGAGCAGAGGCAUCUGCAGAAAUGGCAGAAAGAGAAGGGGAAGGAGCAAGAAGAACAGGCAUGGAAGCGGAUCCUCCAGAUCCGGCUCGAGCCGUUCGAAAGCGGCAUCACACCCUCACACAAGGUGGAGACCUUGAGAUCACUCCCUUCAUUAGAACACCACCACUCCCUCCAUUACCCUCCCAGAACGUCACCGUCUUUCAAAUGCUUCAGCAGGUCGACAAGUUUGACUCUUAGAAUCAACAAAUCAAACGAGUGAAUCACUGGGAUCGCUGGAUAGCCUCAGUAAAAGAUAUGAUCGACAUACAAGUAGUUAGAACGAGUACUUUUCCAUCACUGUAUACGUCUUUGAUGUUUUCUGUUAAAAUCAGACAUUGUUACACUUUAAAAAAGCUAUCAGACAUGUUGAGACUGCUCAAUUGAUUCA